AUGGGUCCGCGUAAAAAGGCGUACGUGCUCUUUCAAGUGUUGAAUUACCGUCUUCCUGACUUGCCCCUCAUCAGGACUUCAUCGAAUCCGCUAGUUCUUCACGGCCGACAUUUUGGUCGGACCGUGUUUGCAAUGUGCAACUAUCCUGCUCUCCUUACUUCAGGUGUACUUCGGCUCGAAGAAUUACAGGAUACUCCAAUAGAGGAUUAUCCAGCGGAUGUUCGCCGGGAACACCGGGUGUUCAUGGAGCUAGUAGACUCUUAUCCCGGUCUUUUAGAACGUCUGGCGAAUGGCGAGGAGGAAGAUAUUCACCACGUGGGAGAAUUAUUGGGUAAAGGGGCGUCUGGUGCUCGAGGUGAUGAUACCAAGACACUUAAAUCUGCCGUCCUUGAAUGGCUUGUGCCCAGAGGACAAGUUGUCAUACCGCCCCUCUCUCGAAACAUUAAAUCUGACCGCGGCUUUAAUCAUGAAGUGACCGGUGCGCUGCUCUGCCCCGCAGGCCUCGACUGGUCGAAUGCAGAGACAAAGCAGGGUCUCAUGAGUGGUGAAACCGCAGUCCGUGGUGACCAGUGGCCCAUGUUUCUAUAUACAGGUUAUGUGUAUGAUCCCGAAGAUCCGUGGAAGGGUUUAUUGAGGAGUGAGAUCCUCGGUUUCAAACAUGUCUUCGCGUCUCCGAGCUCGGUGGACAAGGAGCCAAAAGCUACCCGCUCUGGCAAUGCUUACAUUCACUGCGGAAACGACUUUUUAGACGCAUGCUAA